CUUGACGUCAUCAGUGUGCGCGAGUGGCAGUUCCCGGGCAGGUUGGGGAGCAACAAGCCAGCUGGGACUAACCACGGAAGAUCGGGAUGGGGGAGGCGGCCGUGGCGGCGGGACCCUGUCCACUCCGCGAGGACAGCUUCACACGGUUCUCGUCGCAGAGCAACGUGUACGGGCUUGCAGGAGGAGCAGACGGUCGUGGGGAGUUGCUAGCCGCCACACUUAAAGGCAAGGUCCUCGGCUUCCGCUACCAAGACCUCCGACAGAAAAUCAGGCCUGUGGCCAAAGAACUGCAAUUCAACUAUAUCCCCGUGGAUGCUGAGAUCGUCUCCAUCGACACUUUCAACAAGUCACCCCCAAAGCGAGGACUGGUUGUGGGCAUCACAUUUAUAAAGGACUCAGGAGACAAGGGCAGUCCUUUUCUUAACAUUUACUGUGACUAUGAACCUGGCUCAGAAUACAACCUGGACUCUAUUGCAGAGAGCUGCCUGAAUUUGGAACUCCAGUUCACCCCUUUCCAGCUGUGCCACGCAGAAGUCCAGGUUGGGAGCCAACUGGAGACUGUCUUUCUCCUGAGCGGGAAUGACCCAGCCAUCCAUCUCUACAAGGAGAGUGAGGAGCUACACCAGUUUGAGGAGCAGCCCGUGGAAAACCUCUUCCCAGAGCUCACGAACCUGACCAGUAGUGUCCUGUGGCUCGAUGUCCACAACCUGCCUGGCUCGUCUCGGCGGCUCUCAGCUCUGGGCUGCCAGAGUGGCUAUGUGCGUGUGGCUCACGUUGACCAGAAGAAUCAAGAGAUUUUGCAGACAUGGACAAUCCUGCAGGAUGGGCCCAUCUCCCGAGUGAUCGUGUUCCGCCUCUCCAGCCCCGAUGCAACCGAGGACAACCCACAGCAGGAAGGAUACAGUCUGCUUGUUGCCAGCAUGUUAGAGCCAGCUGUGGUGUACUGGGACCUUCUGAACCAGGGCCUGGAAGACCAACUUCUCCUGCCCAGCAGUGACCAGUUUGACAGUGUCCUCUGUGGCCUGGUCACUGACGUGGACCUAGAUGGACAACCAGAAGUCCUGGUGGCCACCUAUGGACAGGAGCUGCUCUGCUACAAGUACCACGGGGUGCCUGAGGCCAGCAGAGGCUUCCGUCUGCUCUGGCGAAGGACUUUUGCCAGCCCCCUGCUUGCCAUGGCCCAUGUGGACCUGACUGGGGAUGGACUGCGGGAGCUGGCCGUGGUAUCCCUGAAAGGGGUGCACAUCCUCCAGUACAGCCUGAUCCAGGCUUCUGAGCUGGUCUUGACCCGGCUUCGUCGUCAAGUGGAGCAGAGGAAACAUCAGCAGGGCCUUGGAGACAAAGUGGCUCCCAGGCCUAUGGAACCCCUAGCCUCCUGAGCACUCCCUCUUCUCAGGCCUGGGCAUCUCAUGUCUGUCACUGAUGCAGGGAAAGCAUCUCAGAAAAGGACUUCUCCCCUGAGACUCCCCCAGAGGGGCAUGCUGGGAGUCCCUGAGCCACUCUGCUGUGUGUGUGAGACCUUAGCUGAUCACCCCUCUCUGAGCCAUUUGAAGAGGGACACUCUCAGCAACCCCUUGCAGUCCCAUCAGGUUUUGUUCAUACAUGCAGAGCAACAAAGCUGCCCUCACUUCCUCGUUUCCUUUGUCCAGCAAGCAUCUAUUGAGCACUUACUGUAUGCCAAAGUUCUGCUGAAUUCACUCCCAAAGAACUGAGGAGGGGAACUCUACAGAGAGAGUUCAAGAUUAGACCCAGAGGAAAGGAAAGGAAAGAAGUUACGUGGAGGGGGUGGGGUUGGUUUGCAGUUUUGAGAGCUAUGGAGCCUUUCUCUGCACUGGUGAAAUAAACUCGGGAAGAAUAA